GGACGUUGUCUGUUCUUCUUUCACUUGUGAGAGGCAGCAGUGCAGAAAUGCAUGAGGACUGGAUCGCUUGUAUUGUUGUGCUCCUGUCUUUUUCUCCAACCUUUUCCUGCUCUCACUCCAAAGAUGGGGAAAAAAACAGCUUAUGCAUCAAAGACAAGAACCUGGUGAUACGGACAGUGAUGUCAGAUGCUUCCAAUGCUUCCAUCAACUGCCCAGGUCUGGACGUUAAUAAGGAGAACGUUCGUAUCACCCUAUACAAGGAGACAGAGCUGCAUUUUGCAGAUUUCCAAAAGACUAAAAUAACAAACACAUCAAAGGAAACGCAAAGGUUUAGUGUCUAUGUUGAGAAUGACACUACUGUAGAUUAUGUGAUAGACAAGCCUCAAUUCAAUGACACAGGCUUGUACAACUGCACACUUGCACAUGGAGAUACUGCCAAAACAACUCACACUUUUCUUCUUGUUACAGAUCCAGGACUUCAGGGCUGUCUUCAUGAGGAACUGUCAGUAUCUUGGCUACUUCUUGCUGCAGGCUGCGGAUUACUGGCUUUGUAUAACUUUAUCACCACAGUUGUCAUCUGCUCCUUUGCUUGGAAACUCAAGCAUCAGGAUACACCGCAGAAUGAUUACUUCAACACAAGGCCAGGAGAGUUCUCAAGAGUUAAAUAAGUUCAGCACCAGCUCCAGCUGCCACCCAUCCACUGGUCAUACCAGUUCACUUGUACCUGACCAAGUGACUAUGUCCUGUCACUUUAAUAAAAACAUUGUCCUGUUCAUCCAAGUUUCUAUAUGAAUAUGUAUGUAAUUUAUUAAAAUUCUUUGUAAAUAUGGACUUAUUGGAAGAACUGUUCAAUAAAGCAAAGUGUGUGAAUUUA